AUGGCGUCGAACCCAACAAAAGCCGCAGCCCCUACGGGUGGCCUCAACGAGAAGAAGCAUGACCGCCGUUCAACAUCGUCCGAAUCCGUCUCGGGAACCGCGUUUGCGGAACACGCAGACCGCACCGGCACUUUUAACCAGAACGCUCGAUUAGAGGCUUCAAAAAAGAUAGCGAAUCCUUUGGCUGGUCUGAGCCCUCAGCGUCUCGAGGCCAUGGGAGAAGAAUAUGCAAUGAUGGCCGGUCUCACCAGCGAGGAGGACAUCAGGGCCUUUCGACUCGGAGCCAGGAUCGCCGGCGAUGAGAGCAACUACGACCUCAUCCCGGAGCUUACUGAACGGGAGAAAGAGGUGUUGGUGCGCGAAACAACUCACAAGUGGUCUAACCCACCCAUGCUUUACUGGGUUGUUGUUAUCUGCUCUCUGUGCGCCGCCGUCCAAGGAAUGGACGAGACAGUCGUCAACGGUGCCCAGCUCUUCUACAAGGACAAGUUUGGCAUUGGUACCGAUAGCCAGAGAGACACCUGGCUUCUGGGUCUCGUCAACUCAGCUCCCUACCUUUGCUGUGCCUUUAUCGGCUGCUGGCUCACCGAACCGAUGAACAGAAUUUUUGGCAGACGAGGCACCAUCUUUGUUUCUUGCAUCAUCUCAGCCGUAGCCUGCUUCCACCAGGCCUUUACCAACACCUGGUGGCACAUGUUCAUUGCCCGCUUCUAUCUCGGCCUCGGCAUCGGUCCCAAGUCAGCCACCACCCCCAUCUUCGCCGCCGAAUGCUCCCCUCCCAAGCUCCGCGGUGCGCUGGUCAUGCAAUGGCAGAUGUGGACCGCCUUCGGCAUCAUGGUCGGCUACAUUGCCGAUCUCGCUUUCUACUUCGUUCCCGAUCACGGCAUCGGCUUAGGUCUGAACUGGCGUCUGAUGAUGGGCUCCGCCAUGAUCCCCGCCGUCAUCGUCGUCUGCCUCGCCUUCCUCUGCCCGGAGUCGCCCCGUUGGUACCUCAGCAAGGGCCGACACCAAGACGCCUUUGGGGCGCUCUGCCGCCUGCGCUUCGAAAAGGUCCAAGCCGCCCGCGACCUCUUCUACACCCACACCCUCCUAGAAGCCGAGAAGCAAGCCAUGUCGGGCGUCAAAAAGGGCAACCGCUUGAAGGAGCUCUUCACCGUGCGGCGCAACCGCAACGCUGUCAUCGCCUCGUCGGGACUCAUGUUCAUGCAGCAGUUCUGCGGCGUCAACAUCAUCGCCUACUACUCCUCGGCAGUCUUCCGAGAUGCCGGCUUCAGCGACGUGUCGGCGCUGGCCGCCUCGCUCGGGUUUGGUGUCGUCAACUGGCUGUUUGCCAUCCCGGCCAUGUACACCAUCGACACUUUCGGCCGGCGCAACCUGCUGCUGACCACCUUCCCGCUCAUGUCCCUUUUCCUCUUCUUCACCGGCUUUAGCUUCUGGAUCCCCGAGGACUCCAAAGCCCACAUCGGCUGCAUUGCGCUGGGCAUUUACUUGUUCGGCAUGGUCUACUCCCCAGGCGAAGGGCCGGUGCCGUUCACUUACUCGGCCGAAGCCUACCCGCUGUACAUCCGGCCAAUCGGCAUGUCCCUCGCCACGGCGACGACCUGGUUCUUCAAUUUUAUUCUGUCCAUUACCUGGCCUAGAAUGGUCACGGCCUUCAAGCCGCAGGGCGCGUUUGGCUGGUAUGCAGGGUGGAAUAUCAUUGGGUUUCUCUUUACCCUGUUCUUGGUCCCCGAGACCAAGGGCAAGACGCUGGAGGAGCUCGAUCACGUGUUUGAUGUGCCGUUGAAGAAGUUGGUCAGGUAUGGGGCGGAUCAGAGCUUGUGGUUCUUCCAUAGGGGAAAGAAUGGAAAGGGAAUGAGGCCGACGGCGCCUAGUGCGGAGAUGUAUCAUGGGGAUGCGGAGCGGAUGAAUGAGGUGGUUAGCGGGCAGCAGCUUGGGGAGGGUGAGAGGGAGAAGAGGUGGAAUAAGGAACGAGAGAGGGAAGGGGGGAUUAUGGGACGAGGGGAUGCUGCUGGGAAGGUGUAGUAGGUUUUGUUUCUGUUUGAGUUGGAGUAUCAAGGAGGAUGGGAUGUUAAUGAUGGACGCUUUAUGCGAUAUGACUCAAGACUUACAAUUCAACUUCUUUGUAUUUAUAUAU